CAAGAUCAAGAAGACCUAGCAGAUAGAGUCAUUUUCAUUCGAUAUUCAGCUAAAUACUCAAUAAAACUGUUGAAAAGAAGCUUAGAACUGUGAACUAUUAUAAUUAUUUUGCUAUAAUAAUUAUACUGUCACCAAAAAUAAUGGGUCGUGGCAGCAAACUGUUUCAUCGCAAAUCCAAUAAAGUCACUGUCAUCGAGGAGAUUCACGAGGUGGAUUCUGUACUAGAGAAGAAAAAGAAGUCUCUCAAAUCGAUGAUGAAGGGGGUCCUAACAAAGCACAAAAAAUGCACUGAUCCUGAAACAAAGCUCAAAGAAGAGCAGGAGGCUGAUUAUCAGGUGUACCUCUCUCAAAAGGAAAAGAUUGCUGAGCUCCUGGUCAAAAUGAAAUGGAUGGAGAGAAAGCAAGAAGGAAAAGAGAAGAGAAUCGAAGACAUGGAGGACAAGCACCUCACUUUUGAUGAAAAAAUACAGCUCAAAGCUCUCAAGAACAGCUCAAAGAGGUUGGAGGACAAAAUAUUUGUUGUGAACACUGAGCUCCUCCGAAGACGAAUCACCGUCAACCUGCUUGGGAUUGAUGUCAGCAAAAAGAAGACAUCAAACGAGACACCUGGCUUUGCGGCACCGGAGUUCUUAGCACCAAGGUGCUGGGAAGAAAACAGAUAUUCCACAGACAAGUACACUGUGCACUUGGAUCCAAAGCAAGCAGCGAGCGCCAAACAAUACAUGAAUAUGUCUGUUACUCAGAAGGACAGAGUGUAUGAGCUCAAAGAAAAGUUGAUAUGGAUGGAAAGCAAACGUAAAUGGAAGCAAGACAGAAUCUUGGCCAUGAAAAAAAUAAAAGAAAGCCUGAGUUUCGAUCAGAAAAUUCAGCUUAAAGGACUCAAAAGCAGCUUGAAGAGGCUUGAGAAUGCGAUUACUAUAGUUAAGCAGCAAGUGUUACGGCGACUAGACACCGUCAGCAAAGCUGAAGAUUUCCACAAGAAACUAGUGGCAACACAUGUACCUAACCACUCAGUGGAAGGGAGCUCAACUCUACAAGACAUUGAACUUGAAAUUGAUUAGUUUUAUACCAUCUUAUAUAGUUAUUUUCUGCAUAUAAUAAUAUUUACUGAAAUUGAUCUCUUUGGA